CAUUCCCUAUCAGUUUUCACUCCCCCUCUCUCUCUAACCCUAAUAAUACGUCGUCGAUAUCACCAUCAUUGCGGGGAGUCACCAUCGCUGCCAUCCCUAAUCAGUAUUGUCGUCACCGUCGCCACCGUCCCUAAUCAGUACCUUCGUCGCUGUCGCGUCCACAGCCAAUCAUUUGAGGAUUAUGUGCCCACUGUGUUCGACAAUUUCAGUGCAACUGUAGUUGUCAAUGGAGCCACUGUCAAUCUAGGGUUGUGGGAUACUGCUGGACAUGAGGAUUACAAUAGAUUAAGACCUCUGAGUUAUCGUGGGGCCGAUGUUUUCAUUUUGGCAUUCUCUCUCAUAAGUAAAGCCAACUAUGAAAAUGUCUCCAAGAAGUGGAUUCCUGAGUUGAAGCACUAUGCUCCUGGUGUCCCAAUAGUUCUUGUUGGAACAAAACUUGAUGGCAGGUGAAAAGAGGAGUAAGAAAACAAAGAAAGCUAAGGAGACGGGGGUUCCCCGGAGACCACCAGAAAACCUUGCGAUUAGAGAUAGAAGCUCGUCGCCACGUCUCCCACCACGCGGCGCUCCAUUGCCUCAUGAUCCCCUCAUGAAUGGCAUUGCAUAUAGUCUUCCACCUCCAUAUGAUUUGUGGAUUGUGUAAGUGUUUUGUGAAUGUUUGCGAGGGGUGAAGUAGUCUAAUGUUGUAGACUAACUUAGUGUAGAUUAGUGUCACUUAGAGUCAUAGA